AAACGGCACGGUGGAGUAAAGUUUAAUACCAUUAAAAAGUUUUGCACUCGCUACUACUGAUGAUUGGUCAAAAGAAGGGUGAGGUUAAACAUGAUGAGAAAAACAAACACCAUAAGGGAGAUUUUGAAUAAGUGACUCUGAAGCCCGAUGUCUUAGUCAACAUACUAAGAGCUACCUUAUGUUCAAGGUGUUGUCAAUAAAAGGUUCUUCUUAUCAACAGGUUUCAAUGGUGAGUAGAGGGUGUAGUUAAAAAAGAUUAUUUUUUUAUUUGCUAAAAUGUUAUAUCUGACUAUGUCAGUUGGUGCUUGCAGGUGGAGGAGGUGACAUGUGAUGGUGAUUCAGCAUCAUGAGAUCGCUCAUAUAAUUGGGACUUUUCAUUCUUUCAUGAGUGAGAGGAGUGUUUCAUAUUUUCUAAGUAAAUACACAUUCAUGACAUUGCUGUUUCUUAAGUAUGUUAUAAAAGAAGUGGCAUAAAAGGAAUUUACGAAAACGGUUAGUCAUGACAAAGUUCGAUUAAGAAAGAAAUGUGCUGACACAAAGAGUAACACAUUUGCUUUUGGUGUUUCAAAAGGAUAGGAAUAUGUGGGAAAGUAAAAAUUCUCACGAUAUGAAAACACACGUGACUACCAGAAGCAACUAUAUAAAAUGGAAGCAGCAAAAUCUUCAUUUAACACUGCUGUUCUUCCUUUGCUGCCGAAAGAAAAGAUGAACGAUACUUACCAAUUUGCUGAGAGACACUAUCUCUCAGUAAAUUUCUUCAAUGGUGUGGUGUAUGUCCACCUCACGAAUUGGAACAGUCGUGGAGCAAAAAAGAGCAUUUCCAUGACAGCUGACAUCUUUAAGCUGCUCAUGAGCUCAGGAUCAGACUACACUGAAAAAGUGAAAGACUUUGAGCUACUACACCUACCAGUGGAUGUUCCUGAACCGGAAAUAGCUGUUCCAGCUGAGUUGAUGCUACCACCACCACCGCCACCACCAGUACCAGCUGGACAUGGAAACCCCAUCGUCUCAAGCCCUCCACAGACAGUGCUACUGACAGCUGCACUUGGAAACCCCAUUGGGCAAGCAGUCAGCCUUCCAUCUGGACAAGUGAGACCAGUAUCUCCCACUCCAAUGACACAGCCACCGCCUUAUCCUGGAACAAGCAGACCCACACCUUAUUCAAGAGGGAACAAGUAAUGUGAGAGCUGUGCUCCUGUGUCUGUCACUAAGGGUGUAACCUAUGAUGGAUGUGAUGCUGGCUCCGAUGUGAAGGAUGUGACUUCAUGCUGGGUUGUUCAAAUAAAAAAAAGAUGAACUUCAAUACAUUUGUUGGUUAUGUGUUUCUGGUGUAUUGAGAAGUAAACCUAAAAUCGUGUAUCCAUGGAUGAUAGAUAUUUGCGCCUGUUAUAUUCUGAUGACGCCUGUUGUUCAACAAGCCCUGUGUACUUCUUCGAGUCAAAGUCACCAUGAGCUAACUUGGUAACAUAUUUUGGUAACUAAAAUUGUAUAAGAUUCAUGAAAUUUUUUAAAAAUAACCUUAAAUCAGCUCAUGAUGACUUUGUCUAAGGAUGUGACCAGUAUGAUCCAUGACUUCAACUUGCAUAAACAUACACAAUGCAAAUGAAGAUUUAUAAUUAUUUAUUACAAAGAUAUGUUCCACCACUGUGAUGAAAAACAUCAGUCUCAAUGACGUCAUAUGAUCAC